CCCGUCUGCAGCUGCCGCUGGGAGGACGACAGCUGCCGCGGGGGAGGCGCGGCCGGGGCUGCGCGCUCCGCGGAGCCGGCGGGGCCGGGAACAGGUGAUCCUAGCGGGAGCCCGGCGCCCUGCUGAGUUGGAGGGGCGGGAGCCCGCGCUCCCGGGCGCAGCUGCAGCCGCCCAGCCGCGGCUCCGGACCCGGGCAUCCCUGCACUCUCGGGGUCCUGGGCAGCCCCUUGCACCCGCAGGCUCGGAAGUGCCUGCUCCCGCUCCCUAGCCGCUCCUGGCUCCUGGCGGCCGCUCCCGGCUCCUGGCGCCCGCUCCGCGGUGGAGCAAAGUUGUGGACGUGUCCUGAUAGAGAGCCCGGGUGCUGUCGCGACCGAGGCGGGUGUGCGCGCGCUCGGGGCGACGCUGACACGCCAGCCCUCCGUCGCCUCGGUCCCCUCCGGAAACUGCUUCUAAGGCUGAAACUUUGGGCGCCGACCAGCGCGGGCAGGAGGCUGGGGGGCUGAGGGCGGCUCGGCCGGGCCUGCGGGCGCCCCUCGGCGCGGACAGCCGGGACGCCGCGGACGGCAUGUGACGGCCCCGGCGGCCGCAGCGCGCGAAGGCACGGGCCCCGGCGCGGCGGGGAGGGUUCGGCCCGAGGGGAGGCUGCGGCGCGCGGCCGAUCUCUGCGGGCCCGGGCCCCGAGCCGUGCAGCCCCGCUCGCCCGGGCCCCGCCGAGGCCGCUGCUCCUCCGCCUUCUCGCGGGAGGACUCGCUCCAAACUCCCUGAACUUCAGAGACAGCCCCCCAAAGCGGCGAAACUCUCAGGGUUGGCAGCCCUGCCCAGGGACCCCCAUCCCGGGCGGCGCUCCGACGCCCUCCCUUCGCCGCGCCCCCGCAGACACGUGCCUGGACUCCGCGGGCCGCGGGGGUCCAGGGUCCGGCCACGAUGCUCAUGAGGAAAGUGCCCGGCUUCGUCCCGGCCUCCCCGUGGGGGCUGCGGCUGCCGCAGAAGUUCCUCUUCCUCCUCUUCCUCUCGGGCCUUGUCACCCUGUGCUUCGGUGCCCUCUUCCUGCUGCCCCACUCCUCUCGCCUCAAGCGCCUCUUCCUGGCCCCCCGGACCCAGCAGCCUGGCUUGGAGGUGGUGGCCGAAAUCGCCGGCCACAUCCCGGCCCGCGAGCAGGAGCCGCCUCCCAACCCGGCCCCUGCCGUGCCGGCCCCAGGUGAGGAUGACCCCAGCAGCCGGGCCAGUCACCGCCGCAGGAAAGGGGGGCUGCGGCGCACCCGUCCCACGGGACCCCGCGAGGAGGCUACAGCGGCCCGGGGCAAUGGCAUCCUGGCCUCCAGGCCCGGGGACGAGGGCGUCCCAUUUCGCUUUGACUUCAACGCAUUCCGGAGCCGCCUCCGCCACCCGGUCCUGGGAACAAGGGCCGAUGAGAGUCAGGAGCCCCAGAGCCGAGUACGAGCCCAGCGGGAGAAAAUCAAGGAGAUGAUGCAGUUUGCCUGGCAGAGCUAUAAGCGUUAUGCAAUGGGGAAAAAUGAACUCCGUCCACUAACAAAAGAUGGCUACGAGGGUAACAUGUUUGGAGGCCUCAGCGGGGCGACAGUCAUCGACUCCCUUGACACCCUCUACCUCAUGGAGCUGAAGGAGGAGUUCCAGGAGGCCAAGGCCUGGGUAGAAGAGAGCUUCCACCUGAACGUGAGUGGAGAAGCGUCCUUGUUUGAGGUGAAUAUCCGCUACAUCGGGGGACUCCUCUCAGCCUUCUACCUGACAGGAGAAGAGGUGUUCCGAAUAAAGGCCAUCAGGUUGGGAGAGAAGCUCCUGCCGGCGUUCAACACCCCAACGGGAAUCCCAAAGGGCGUGGUGAGCUUCAAAAGCGGGAGCUGGGGUUGGGCCACGGCCGGCAGCAGCAGCAUCCUGGCGGAGUUUGGAUCCCUGCACUUGGAAUUUUUACACCUCACCGAGCUCUCUGGCAACCAGGUCUUCGCUGAAAAGGUCAGGAACAUCCGCAAGGUCCUCAGGAAGAUUGAAAAGCCCUUUGGCCUCUACCCCAACUUCCUCAGCCCAGUGAGUGGGAACUGGGUGCAACACCACGUCUCGGUUGGAGGACUCGGGGACAGUUUUUAUGAAUAUUUGAUCAAAUCCUGGUUGAUGUCGGGCAAGACAGAUAUGGAGGCUAAAAAUAUGUACUACGAAGCCUUGGAGGCGAUAGAGACCUACUUGCUGAAUGUCUCUCCCGGGGGGCUGACCUACAUUGCUGAGUGGCGAGGGGGGAUUCUGGACCACAAGAUGGGGCACCUGGCCUGUUUCUCCGGGGGCAUGAUCGCCCUCGGCGCUGAGGAUGCCAAGGAAGAAAAGAGGGCCCACUACCGAGAGCUCGCAGCCCAGAUCACCAAGACGUGCCACGAGUCAUACGCCCGCUCAGACACCAAACUCGGGCCCGAGGCCUUCUGGUUCAACUCUGGCAGAGAGGCCGUGGCCACCCAGCUGAGUGAGAGCUACUACAUCCUCCGGCCAGAGGUGGUAGAGAGCUACAUGUACCUGUGGCGACAGACCCACGACCCCAUCUACAGGGAGUGGGGCUGGGAGGUGGUGCUGGCCUUGGAGAAAUACUGUCGGACAGAAGCCGGUUUCUCCGGGAUCCAGGACGUGUACAGUAGCACCCCCAACCACGACAACAAGCAGCAGAGCUUCUUUCUAGCGGAGACGCUAAAGUAUCUCUAUCUUCUGUUCUCUGAAGAUGACUUGCUCUCCCUGGAAGACUGGGUGUUCAACACCGAGGCCCACCCACUCCCAGUGAACCACUCAGACAGCUCCGGCAGGGCCUGGGGCAGACACUGACUGUCUCCCACCACCACCCUGGGAACGUUGCAGGGAUGCCUUGCCUUUUCAGGAUUUGGGACUGUUCUCAAAGGGAUUGGGAACGAAGGCCCCAUCUCGGGCAGACCCCCAGCAGAUGUGUCGGACAAGCAACUUCUUUUCCUCUAUGAGGAGACAGGACUUGGAGACGCAGCGAUGUCACACGAGGGCUGUGGCCACAGUGGCCCACACAUUCCUUUCUACAGAGAAUUUCUAUGAAGCCACUCACUUGCCAUUCCAGGGCCGAAGGGCCGGAGGUUUGCAUAUCCGCCCCAUGUAUUUGAUUUGCUUCCUUUUGGUUUCUCGGUUUUUGUUUUUGCUUGAUUUUGUCUUUACAGUUUAGUUUUAUCACAAUUAUACAUAUAGUUUUUAAAAUCAUGCGCAUUCUAAAAUGGUGUCUUCCUGAUAAACAAAACCCAGUGCUUCAGCACACAUGAAAUCUUGACCCCAUUAUCUAUGUUUUAAAUGCUUUUUGCCCAAAACUGACCCUACAUUCAACUAUGUGUCAUUUACCUUAUAAUUUGAGGAGGGGUUCCCUUUGAUUGGGCCUCAGUGUUACAAAUCACUAGUGAUAUUUUCAUUAUUAUUGUAAUGGGAAAAUCUGUGAACCAGAAUAAAAGAGUUUAUUGCAUAAGAAA